UCGGGAAAUCCCCAUCCAGCUCCGCGGUGAGAGAGAUAGAGAGAGGCGCGGAGGCGAUGCUAGCUCCCGCGCUGAGCCCCCCCAAAAGAUUUGGCGACGCGUCGCCCACCCCAAACGGGAACCUCCCCCCCUCACUGAACCCCCCUGCACAAUCCCCAAAUCCCCGAAAGCCCUAGGGCGUGCAGCGCUGGAGGAGCGGCACCCGAAACCCUACCCGCCGGCCAUGGUGAUCGCCGUGGAGGGGAGCUUCGUGCACCAGGACGAGGGGGAGGACGGGGACCACCCCAUGCGCUACCUCCCCCUCGGCCGCGUCUACUCCUCCACCGCCCCCUGCCCGCCCCCCAAGAAGCCCCGCAGCUCCGCCUCCGCCGCCGCGGGCGGCAAGCCGCCCGUGAUCGUCUACUACCGCCGUCGCCGCAAGAAGCCGCGGCUCGAGGAGCCACGGCCGUCCUCGCCCGCCACUGCGCCGCGGCAGCCGGAGGAGGAGGAGGAGGAGGAGGAGGAGGAGGAGGCGCUGGGCAGGGGCUCGCGGCGGAAGCGCCCGCUCAAGCACGAGCUGCUCAGCCUGGGGUCCGCCCCGCCUGCAUUGGGCGCGGAUAGAGACGGGGAGGAGCUGCUGGGGCGACGGCAGCCGAGGCGCAGAGGGGGAGUGCAGAAGGAGAGCACUUCGGCGCCCCGGAGGCGACGGCGCCGCAGCAGCCAGCUGGAGGCCGCCUCUCCAUCUGAGAAGAGAUGGGUAGAGUUGGAAAUUCAGGGUGCCGAUCCGCAGGCGUUUGUCGGUUUAGUGUGCAAGGUUUUCUGGCCCCUAGAUGAUGAUUGGUACAAGGGUUCCAUCACGGCCUACACGGAACUAACCAAGAAGCAUUCUGUGAAGUAUGAUGAUGGUGAAGCAGAAGACCUUACCCUAGCUAAUGAAAGGAUACAGUUUUCCAUUUCAUCCGAGGAAAUGAAGAGCCUGAACCUGAAAUUUGGAACAUCUAACCUGGAUAAGAAGGGAUACGAUGAGCUGCUUGCACUUGCUGUCAGCUUUCAUGACUACCAAGGUCUUGAUCCAGAUGAUCUAGUGUGGGCUAAAAUAACAGGUCAUGCAAUGUGGCCAGCUGUUAUAGUGGACGAGUCAAAUGUUCAUGCUAGCCGGGCCCUCAAGCCAAUUCGGUUAGAUCAAUCAAUACUUGUUCAAUUCUUUGGCACCCAUGAUUUUGCAAGGAUUAAGUUGAAGCAGGCGGUGCCCUUUCUGAAUGGCCUUCUUUCUUCCUUGCAUCUCAAAUGCAAGCAAGCACGCUUCUCCCGAGGCUUAGAAGAAGCCAAGGAGUUUCUCCUCACCCAACAGCUUCCAGAAAAUAUGUUGCAACUUCGGAAAUCCAUUGAAAAUGAUGGUUCUGAUGUUAAUGGCCAAGAUGACGCGAUAGGCUCUUGUGAUAAUUUAUCAGAAGAAAGAGCAGAAGAAAAUGGAGAGGAUGCUGAAAUGACUCAAAUAGAACUAGGGAAUCUUCGUGUGAGCAACCUAGGCAGGAUAGUAUCUGAUUCAGACCAUUUCCAUAACAAAAUGCACAUAUGGCCUGAAGGGUAUACUGCUUUCAGGAAGUUCGCAUCAGUAAAAGAUCCACACCUAGUAACAUCUUACAAAAUGGAAGUACUGAGGAAUUCAGAUAUAAAAGCACGACCGUUGUUUAGGGUGAUCUCUGAAGAUGGAUUGCAGAUUGAUGGCUCUACGCCUAAUGCAUGCUGGAAGGAGAUAUACUGCAGGAUAAAACAAAAACAGUGCAAUGUUGCCUCGGAACUGGAAGGAAAUGUUUGUCAGAGAUCUGGUUCAGACAUGUUUGGCUUUUCAAACCCACAAAUUAGGCAGCUUAUUCAGGAGUUGCCAAAUGCAAGGUCGUGUUUGAAGUAUUUUGAAAAUGGUGGGGAUACCCUCCGUGGUUACAGAGCUGUUCAUGUUAAUUGGAAAGAUCUAGACUUUUGCAGUGUAUGUGAUAUGGAUGAGGAGUAUGAAGACAAUUUGUUCUUGCAAUGUGACAAGUGCCGUAUGAUGGUUCAUGCUCGGUGCUAUGGCGAACUAGAACCAUUGAAUGGAGUACUUUGGUUGUGCAACCUGUGCCGACCUGGGGCACCUCGCGUGUCCCCACGAUGCUGCCUAUGUCCUGUCACAGGGGGUGCAAUGAAACCUACAACAGAUGGCCGUUGGGCUCAUCUAGCAUGUGCAAUAUGGAUUCCUGAAACUUGCUUAAAAGAUGUAAAGAGAAUGGAACCCAUUGAUGGAUUGAGCAAAAUCAACAAGGACCGCUGGAAACUUCUAUGCAGCAUCUGUACAGUUGCUUAUGGAGCUUGCAUACAGUGCUCACAUCCUACUUGUCGAGUUGCAUAUCACCCGCUCUGUGCACGUGCUGCUGAUCUAUGUGUUGAGCUUGAAGAUGAUGAUAAAAUCCAUCUCAUGUUACUUGAGGAGGAUGAGGACCCAUGUAUUCGUCUACUCUCGUAUUGCAAGAAGCACAGACAACCAUCUACUGAACGUCCAUCUCUUGAAAGUAAUCUUGGUAACCCUGCUCAGUUAGUUCAGACAGACGCGGCUUCAUCAUCUGGUUGUGCAAGGACUGAGCCCUAUAAUUUUCACCGGAGAAGAGGCCAACAACAACCUCAAGUUACAGCUACUGCUUCUGUAAAGCGUUUGUAUGUGGAGAACAUGCCUUAUAUUGUUAGUGGCUACUGCCAAAAUAAAGUAGGCUGUGAUACUAGCUGUGAACCAAUUCAAUCAGUCGCCUUGUUGGAUGCUGCAUCACAAGAAGCUUCUGUCAAUGUGUCUUCUAUGGCUGAAAAAUAUAAAAGCAUGAAGGCCACAUUCAGGAAGAGACUAGCUUUUGGAAAAUCAAGAAUUCAUGGGUUUGGUGUUUUUGCAAAGGUUGCACACAAGGCAGGAGACAUGAUGAUCGAAUACAUAGGGGAGCUUGUUAGGCCACCGAUAUCAGACCUUAGAGAGCGGCGUAUAUACAAUUCUUUGGUGGGUGCUGGGACAUACAUGUUCAGGAUAGAUGAUGAGCGUGUUAUUGACGCUACACGAGCAGGAAGCAUAGCCCAUUUGAUCAAUCACUCAUGCGAGCCUAAUUGUUAUUCGCGUGUGAUAAGUGUUCUUGGGGAUGAGCAUAUCAUCAUUUUUGCAAAGCGGGACAUAGACCCAUGGGAAGAGUUGACCUAUGAUUAUAGGUUUGUUUCGAAUGAACAACGGCUUCCUUGUUAUUGUGGAUUUCCAAAAUGCCGGGGAGUUGUUAAUGAUGUUGAAGCAGAGGUCCAAUCAACCAAAAUAAGAGUCACCAGGAGUGAAUUAUUUCAGCAGAAAGACUAAUGAGUGAGUAUCUGGAAAUGCCCAAGGCUUGGAUUUACCGAAUUGAGGAACUGCGGUGCUGCCUGAGAACUGUGGUGCUGCCAGUGCUUGCUGUGAUAUUCUCAAAUUGACCGGCUUUAUGAUUCUAGGAAUGCUAACGAUUCAUUCUCACAUUGUUUUAGAUGGAAUGCCAGUGUAGUGUAUAGAUACUCAGAAGUAGGUUGGGCAAUCCAACAUGCAUGAUUGCCUACCAUAACUGAAAUUGAUGAUCAUGUAGGGCAUCAAAAUUCAAAAAUAUUCAGAGUUUACAUGUAAUUCGGCCAUUCACUGUUUCCAGUGUGCCCUGCCAUAGGCACAGCCCAUUUGAUGUUUAAGAAGUCAUGAUGUUAAGUGGUGACUGAAAGACUUUCUAAUGCUAAUUGUUAUCAGUUGUAAA